GUCAUCUUCUUAUAUUAUUUCAGAAGCAAAUGAAGACUUUUCUCAUUACUUCUUUUGUCAGUUUAUUUCUGGCCUCUCAAAUUGUUGCGGCAGAGGCUCAAAGUAUUGAUGAUGUAACUUGUAUCCUUGACGGCUCAGACGACUCUAAUUCCGCUGAUGCCAAAGAUAAUCAACUUAAAAAGUUUACAAUUGUUGAUGAAGGAUCUCAGGAGACUUCGCAGUUUGGUGCAAAAAUCAAUAACUCUGAUAGUUUAAAAGCUGGUCUUGACGGACCUACUCUCAUGGAAGAUUUCAUGAUGCGCGAAAAGAUAAUGCAUUUCGAUCACGAAAGAAUUCCUGAGCGUGUCGUUCAUGCUAGAGGUGUCGGCGUUCAUGGUUACUUUGAAUCCUACGGUGAUUACUCUAAUAUUACUGCCGCCAAAUUCUUAAGAGAAAAGGGCAAGAAAACGCCCAUGUUUGUCCGUUUCUCCACUGUUUUGGGUUCUCGAGGAUCUCCAGACACUGUACGUGAUGUCCGUGGGUUUGCUCUUCGUAUGUACACCGAGGAAGGUCUCUUUGAUCUCGUUGGUAAUGACAUCCCUCCAUUCUUUGUCCAUGAUGCCAUUAAAUUUCCUGAUCUUGUCCAUGCUUCCAAACCUCAACCUGACACUGAAACCCCUCAAGCUGGAACAGCUCACGAAACCGCCUAUGACUUUUUUGCAGAGUUCCCCGAGACCCUUCAUACCGUCUUUUGGGCUCUUUCAGGUCGUGGUAUUCCCAGAUCCUUCCGCCAAGUAGAAGGCUUCGGUGUGCAUACCUUCCGUCUGAUUAACGAAAAAGGUGAAUCCAACUAUUGUAAAUUUAUGUGGAAGCCCAAGGCUGGUCUCUCCAAUCUCCUUUGGGACGAAGCUCAAAAGAUUGCCGGUAAAAACAUCGAUUUCCAUCGCGAUGAUUUAUAUACAGCCAUCAACAAUGGUGAUUACCCUGAAUGGGAAUGGGGUGUACAGUUAAUCCCUGAGGCUGAUGUGAACAAAUAUGAUUUCUCUUUACUCGAUCCAACCAAGCUUAUUCCCGAAUCUAUCAUUCCUUUCCAACCUUUGGGAAAAAUAGUUUUGAACCGUAAUCCCGAUAACUACUUUGCUGAGACUGAACAAAUUACUUUCCAUCCUGGUCAUGUCGUCCGUGGUAUUGGAUUUACAAAUGAUCCAUUGCUUCAAGGUCGUCUUUUCUCUUAUUUGGAUACACAAAUUAAUCGUAUGAGUGGUGCUAACUAUAUGCAAUUACCUAUCAAUCGCCCUAUUAAUUCUGUACACAACAAUCAGCGUGAUGGUUACAUGCAAUCGCAAAUCCAUAAAGGAAAAGUUGCUUACUUCCCCAACGGACUUCAAGGAAAUACACCUUCUAUGGUAGACAAAGAAGACGGUGGCUACAUCGAAUAUCCUGAAAAGAUCAAUAACGUAACCAAGAUCCGUGGACGCUCAUCCAAAUUCUUUGAUUUCUAUUCUCAACCCCAACUUUAUUACAACUCUUUAACUGUGGCCGAGAAACAGCAACUUGUAGAUGGUGCACGUUUCGAAAUUGGUAAAUCUAAAUCCUUAGAUGUACGCAAGAGAAUGAUUCGACAAAUUAAUUUUGUGGAUAACGAACUUGCUCGUCGAAUUGCUUAUGGUGUCGGUGUCGAUCUCCCCAAAAAGGUGACUGAGAACAAGAACCAUACUUCUCCCGGUCUUUCCAUUGAAAAGUAUCCUAAGGCCGACAACAUUAAGACCCGCACGGUAGCUAUUCUUACUGCUCCUGGAACAAAUACAGCUGAGGCUCGUGCCAUGUUUGAUUUCCUUAAAUCGAAAGGUGCCUACCCUACUUAUGUCGGUCUUCACUUGGGUUCUCAGGAUGGGCUCGACAUCACUGAUACUUAUAUGACCACAGCCUCUGUUCUUUUCGAUGCCGUUUAUGUUCCUGGUGGUCAAAAAGCCAUUGGUGCCAUGACCGCUCGUAGUUCUUUCUUCCCAUAUGAAGAGCCCAAGAUGUUUAUUCUCGAUUCUUUCCGUCAUGGUAAGCCCAUUGCAGCUUCUGCUGAAGGAAUUUCUCUCCUCAAGUACGCUGGUAUCGAUAUCCCUGUUGGCAAAGCGAAAGAAGCCAAGGGUGUCAUCACUGACGAAAAAGAAGCAGGCGUACAAACUGCCUUUGAAAAGGCCUUGAUCCAACAAAGAUUCUGGUCUCGUUUACCUGUAGACAAGCCCAUUUAAAUGUAGAUAUUCUUGUUUUUUUUUUC